AUGGACUAUAUCGAGCAGCAAGCGUUGCAAUAUCCGGACAUGGCCGACAAGUAUAACAAGCUCGGGGAUCUGUUCAGCAGGAAGCUAUGGCAUCAGCUGACGGUCGCCCUGCUAGAGUUCGUUUCGGACCCGGCGAACGCGGAGGCGGGGGGCGGUCUGGUGCGGCUGUGCACGGAGUUCGUGGCAAACUUCGAGGCGAAGAUGAACCAGCUUCGAUUCGUGCAGAUCCUCUGCGCCGUGGGGAAGACUUGCUCAGACCCUUUGGUGGCGACGCAGCUGUUCGAGACGGCGCUAGAGAAGCGGGAACGGCUUGGGCCCGAGGCUUCGCUGCUCUUGGAGAGCGAGCUGGGGUUGCUGGUGCUGCGGGCAGGGAAGGUGGCGGAGGCGAAGGAGGUGGUGGAGAAAGGGAAGGUUGCGGUCGAAGAGUUGGAGUCGGCGGAGACGGCAGUCCAUUCUGCGUACUACCGCCUGUCCUCGGAGUACUACAAGACGGUGGGGCCGCCGGACUCCUUCUACCGCAGCGCGCUCAUGUUCCUGGCCUACACGCCUCUUGAGGGUAUCCCGCAGGCGGAGCGCUACACGCUGGCGACGGACAUCAGCCUCGCCGCGCUCACCGGGGAAGGCGUUUUCAACUUCGGGGAAGUGCUGGCAACACCAAUCCUGAGCAUGCUGGAUGGGAGCCCAAACGCCUGGUUAGGGAGCAUGAUGCAGGCCUUCAACAUGGGCGAUAUCGACGCCUUCAACAAGCUGUGCGCGGAGAACCAGGAGACGAUGUCGGCACAGCCCGCCUUGGUGAGCCGUGCGACCUUCACGAAGGAGAAGAUCGCCCUCUUGUGCCUCAUGAACAUGGUCUUCGAGCGGCACAGCCAGGACCGGAAUAUCCCUUUCGAGGAGAUCGCCGCACGCACCAAGCUUCCGGUCGACCAGGUGGAGUGGCUGGUAAUGCGCGCAAUGUCGCUGAAGCUGGUGAAGGGGGUGAUGGACGAGGUGGAGCGCCUUGUGCACGUGAGCUGGGUACAGCCGAGAGUGCUCGAGCACUCCCAGCUCGCCCGCCUGGCGGAUCGCUUGGGAGAGUGGCGAGGGCGGGUAGACGAAGCCCACGUCUACGUCGAGGAGCAAACGCCGGAGCUCUUCGGGUAG